CGCACAGUAAAUUUGCCUCGCUGUGUUGUGAUAAAGCGAUUCUUUGCCUGGAUUUCUUGCGCAUCCUUCUCUUCUCUCCCAACGUUGCGGAAGUUUGCGUCAUUGUCAAGCUCUAUUGUUCGGGCACUAGAAGCGCCUUAUUUGCUGUUGUUAUCAGCGUCGAACUGAACCCUCGUGGCGAAAAUGCGGCUAUUUUCAAAUUCGAAAGAUCCCGCCUUGUCCCAAACGGAACCAAGAGCUGUAAUUUCCGUAUGAAAAACGUGUCUCAACUUUAGUGCAGAGAUCUAGUCAAGGUAUUUGGCGUGUUUGCAGCACAUCUGUGCAGAUCGCCAGCAUGGGUGUCGACAAGGACGCCAAGAUCUUUGUUGCUGGACACCGAGGUCUAGUAGGUGCGGCUGUUGUUCGUGCUUUGAAGAAGGAUGGUUAUAACAAUUUGGUGAUGAAGACUCAUAAAGAACUAGAUCUUACCCGUCAAGCAGCUGUGGAAGAAUUUUUCGACACGGAGAAACCAGCGUACGUCAUCCUAGCAGCUGCGAAGGUGGGAGGCAUUCACGCAAACAGUACUUACCCUGCAGAGUUCAUUGCCGUGAAUCUGCAGAUCCAAACGAAUGUCAUCGAUGCUGCUUACAAGUCUGGGGUGAAGAAGCUCUUGUUUCUGGGCUCUUCGUGUAUCUACCCAAAGUUUGCCCAGGUACCCAUCGUUGAGGAGUCGCUCCUGACAGGGCCUUUGGAAGCUACAAACGAGUGGUAUGCUGUAGCAAAGAUUGCAGGAAUCAAAAUGUGCCAGGCUUACAGGCUGCAGUAUAAUUUCGACGCCAUUUCUGGAAUGCCGACAAACCUCUACGGUCCCCACGACAAUUUCCAUCCCGAGAACUCCCACGUCUUGCCAGCCUUGAUCAGACGCUUUCACGAGGCUAAGGUGAACGGCGCUAAGGAAGUGGUUGUGUGGGGAUCAGGUUCCCCAUUCCGUGAGUUUCUUCACGUGGACGACUUGGCAGAGGCAACAGUAUUUCUGCUGCAGAAUUACUCCGCGCAUGAGCAUGUCAACAUGGGCAGUGGCUCUGAGGUCUCAAUCAAGGAACUCGCCGAAAUGGUGAAGGAAGUGGUUGGAUUUCAGGGGCAGCUGACAUGGGAUACUUCUAAGCCUGAUGGAACUCCACGAAAGCUCAUCGAUAGCAGCAAACUUGCCAACAUGGGGUGGCAAGCGAGAAUUCCCCUCAAGGAAGGAUUGGCAGAGACUUACAAAUGGUACUGUGAGAACUACAAUGUCUAGGCUAUUUUAUUCGGAUCAACCUUGAAGCACCUGUUUUUGAAUUCUUACUACGAUAGAUAAAUUCAAGCGGUGGCUAUGUGAAGCAGUGGUAGCUUUGCAGGAUACUGACCUCGAGGAUAUUUAUCACAAUUCAUUGCCUGUUUAGUGGGUACUGCAACCUUGUAUUGUGAGGCUGUCAUGGCAAUUUUCUUUCUAGCAUGCUGACUUUAAACUAUUUACAUAUAUGUUGAUGGAAAUUUUGUGAUGAAUUCUAUUUCUUUUAACA